UUUUCCUAGGCCGCUGCUGACCGAGAAAGGCCAUGUUCAGCUCUAGUGCAAAGAUUGUGAAGCCUAAUGGCGAGAAGCCAGAUGAGUUCGAGUCUGGUAUAUCUCAGGCUCUUCUAGAGCUGGAAAUGAACUCUGAUUUAAAGGCUCAGCUGCGGGAGUUGAACAUCACAGCAGCUAAGGAAAUCGAAGUGGGUGGUGGCAGAAAAGCCAUCAUUAUCUUCGUACCAGUUCCUCAGCUGAAAUCCUUCCAGAAGAUUCAGGUGCGGCUAGUCCGUGAGCUGGAGAAAAAAUUCAGUGGAAAACAUGUGGUGUUCAUUGCCCAGAGAAGGAUUCUGCCCAAGCCAACAAGAAAAAGCCGCACAAAAAACAAGCAGAAGCGUCCCAGGAGCCGCACGCUUACUGCAGUGCACGAUGCUAUCCUGGAAGACCUGGUCUUUCCUAGUGAAAUCGUGGGCAAGAGAAUCCGUGUCAAACUGGACGGCAGCAGGCUCAUAAAAGUCCAUUUGGACAAAGCACAACAGAACAAUGUUGAACACAAGGUGGAAACAUUUUCUGGUGUCUACAAGAAGCUGACAGGCAAAGAUGUGGUGUUUGAAUUUCCAGAAUUCCAGCUGUAAAGUGCAAAAAAUGGCUGAAUAAAAAAAACUGUUCAUAUAA